CGGCACCGCCCUCUCCUGAAUGCGUGUUUUGUAAGUACUGUAGGUCGCGAGAGUCUGGAGAGAGCAGAGGCUGCGGGGGCGCCCUGUUUCCCCUCGCCGUUGUGCCUGCGUGGUUAGGGCACAGCGUCGAGACUCGGGUUUGAUGUUGGCACAGCAGUGCGUGGGUUCGUCAGAGGGGGCAGGGCAGUGCGCAAAACUCAGAAAUCCACCCCCCCACCCCCGUGGGGCUUAGGUUCGAGGGGCUGCGUGGGAGGCAGACAGCAGACAGCACCGCUCACAAGGUGCCGAGUGCGCGGCGGGGAGCGAGGGUGGGAUCGGGGGGUGCGGGGGCGUGUUUUCAACAGGUGAUGAGAAUUGUCAGACACUGAAAGUGGAAGGAUUUCCACAGACAGCGCCCCCGUGUCUGCCGCGUUGCACCUGUGCGCAUGCGUGCGUGCACGUUGUGCGUGCAUUUAGGACGGUCCAGGGGUCUCCGCGAGGAGGAUGGUGAAUAAAGGGCAGGAAGGAGGUGACGCGAGGGCAGUGCAGGGCUGGGAGGAGGCUCCCCGCCGCUGGCGCAGCGGGUAGGACGUCCUGAUUCUGGAGCGUUCUCGGGAUGUGGAAAGAAAGCAGGGAGGCCGGAGGGCCUACUGUAUUGGAGUCUCCGUUUUGGAUUUCCGACACAAAAAGGACUGGUGGACAUCAUGUGUGUGGAAGAGCUAUGCUGGGUGUCCAGGCCUGUCCCUUUGAUUGCCGCUGAUGUGCCACCUACGAACCGGGUGCCUGGAAACCCUGCUCAGCCCCUGUCUGAAUUAUCCCAGAUGCUGAGUUCGUCUUCGGGCAGCAUGGGUCUCUACCGCAUCCGCGUGUCCACCGGCUCCUCGCUGUGCGCGGGCUCCAACAACCAGGUGCGGCUGUGGCUGGUGGGCCAGCACGGCGAGGCGGCGAUCGGGACGCGCCUGAGGCCGGCGCGAGGCCAGGAGACGGAGUUCAAGGUGGAUGUGCAGGAGUACCUGGGCCCGCUGCUGUUCGUGAAGCUGCACAAACGGCACUUCCUUCAGGACGACGCCUGGUUCUGCAACUGGAUCUGGGUGCAGGGCCCCGGGGCCAGUGGGGACGAGUUCAGGUUCCCCUGUUACCGCUGGGUGGAGGGCAGCGGCGUCCUGAGCCUCCCCGAGGGCACCGGCCGGACCGUGGGAGACGACCCUCAAGGCCUGUUCAAGCAACACAGGGAGCAGGAGCUGGAAGAGAGGAGGAAUCUCUACCGAUGGGGAAACUGGAAGGAUGGGCUAAUCCUGAAUAUGGCCGGGGCCACCAUCAGUGACCUCCCUGUAGACGAGCGUUUUCUGGAAGACAAGAAAAUUGAUUUUGAGGCUUCACUGGCCAAGGGGCUGGCAGACCUAGCCAUCAAAGACUCUUUGAAUGUUCUGACUUGCUGGAAUGAUCUGGAUGACUUCAACCGGAUUUUCUGGUGUGGCCAGAGCAAAUUGGCCGAGAAGGUGCGGGACUCCUGGAAAGAGGAUGCCUUGUUUGGGUACCAGUUUCUCAACGGCACGAACCCCGUGCUUCUGAGGCGCUCCACGAGCCUUCCUUCCCGCCUGGUGUUCCCUCCGGGGAUGGAGGAGCUGAAGGACCAGCUGGAGCAGGAGCUGCAGACAAGCACACUGUUCGAGGCGGACUUCUCGCUCCUGGACGGGGUCAAGGCCAAUGUCAUCCUGUGCAGCCAGCAGCACCUGGCCGCCCCUCUGGUCAUGCUCAAACUGCAGCCUGAUGGGAAACUCUUGCCCAUGGUCAUACAGCUCCAGCUGCCACGCGUGGGAUCCCCCCCACCGCCGCUCUUCCUGCCCACGGAUCCCCCGAUGGCCUGGCUCCUGGCCAAAUGCUGGGUCCGCAGCGCUGACUUCCAGAUGCACGAGCUGCAGUCUCACCUGCUGCGGGGACACCUGAUGGCGGAGGUCAUCACUGUGGCCACCAUGAGGUGCCUUCCGUCCAUACACCCCAUCUUCAAGCUUCUCAUUCCCCACCUGCGCUACACCUUGGAAAUUAACCUCCGGGCCAGGAGCGGGCUUGUCUCUGACAUGGGAAUUUUCGACCAGGUGGUGAGCACAGGUGGCGGGGGCCACGUGGAGCUGCUCCAGCGAGCGGGCGCCUUCCUCACCUAUCGCUCCUUCUGCCCCCCUGAUGACCUGGCCGACCGGGGGCUCCUGGGAGUCAAGUCUUCCUUCUACGCCCAAGAUGCCCUGCGGCUGUGGGAAACCCUGGCUCGCUACGUGCAGGCCAUGGUGCAACUGCACUACAAGACGGACGAGGCCGUGAGAGACGAUUUGGAGCUUCAGUCCUGGUGUCGAGAGAUCACUGAGGUCGGGCUGCGCGGGGCCCAGGACCGAGGCUUCCCCAACUCCUUACAGACCCGGGACCAGAUGUGCCAUUUUGUCACCAUGUGCAUCUUCACCUGUACCGGCCAGCACUCCUCCACCCACCUGGGCCAGCUGGACUGGUACUCUUGGGUCCCUAACGCGCCCUGCACCAUGAGAAUGCCCCCGCCGACCACCAAGGACGUGACGCUGAAGACAGUGAUGGCGACACUGCCCAACUUCCACCAGGCUUCCCUGCAGAUGUCCAUCGUCUGGCAGCUGGGCCGACGCCAGCCUGUGAUGGUGGCUCUGGGCCAGCACCAGGAGGAGUAUUUCUCGGGCCCUGGACCCAAGGCCGUGCUGCAGAAGUUCAGGGAGGAGCUGACUGCCCUCCAGAAGGAAAUUGAGACCCGGAAUGCAAAGCUGGACAUGCCCUAUGAGUAUCUGCUGCCCCGCCUGGUGGAAAACAGCGUGGCCAUCUGA